AUGUGCAGCCACUACAGCUUGCCUUCUGAACCUGAGCUUCGCCGAAGCUGCCCUGUGUUGGUGGUCGGACACAGCAGAGGAGCCCCGUCCCCUCAGUCGAAGGACACCAAGAUCUUUCUAGGCGACGUCAUUAGCGGCGAAUCUUUACUCGACCCCAACAUGGACUGGAAGUGUCUGGGUCAUGCUAAGGAUGUAUUAGAAAAGCCAAAGUUGGAUAUCCCACCCUUCCUUAAAAGCUUGAAGGAAACCCGGCAGGAACUCCGUGGCCAUGCUGGAUAUCUCAAGGACGUGCAGAAGUCUGACGAGCGAUGGACCCAUCGAGGCAGUACGCAUGAUGUACUCUUUGAGCCUUUUUACCCCAUUAGCUAUCAUCAGAGAACUAUCCCUGCCGAGUGUUUGACGUUAACGAUGUAUCGUGACAUCCUAGGAUGUGAGGUGGAGCACAUUAUUCGUCGCCAGCCUAACACAAGUACACCUGAAGCCUCGGUUCACUUCGGAACCUUUGCAUCUAUCAAUAGUGAGUUGCUGUCUGGAGAGCAUCGCUAUAGGCUAGCAGAGCAAGGUAUCAUUGGUUUCGAAUUAGGGUCAACAGGGGUGUGUGGGAGAUACUGCCAUGCAUUUCUGUGGAAAGGCCUAGGUAACUAUGCAGACGGCCACAAGCAUGAGAAGGGGCAGCAAUAUGCCGCCACAUCUGCUACAUCUGCCGCAAAAAGCGCCGGGUGUAUAGAUUUAAAGCCUAAGGACUCUCACAGGAUGGUUCCUUUUGACAGAAAUCCACAAUUUGUUGGGCGUCAAGAUGAAAUCGCGGAAUUGGAAAAAUCGGUCUUUGAAACGGAGGGCCCAAGAAAGAUUGCUAUUAGCGGAUUGGGAGGAGUUGGAAAGACACAUAUAGCAUUGGAGCUGAUUUAUCGUGUUCGGAAAGGGGACUCUGGGUACUCAAUUUUCUGGAUCCCUUGCACCAGCCCUGAGAACAUUGAGCAGUCCUAUCUGAGCAUCACCCAAGUGCUUGGGAUGCAAGAUGUCGAACCAGCGGAAGCAAAAGAACAAGUCAAGACAUACCUUGGCCAUAAGAGUGAUCUAAAGUGGCUUCUUAUCUUUGAUAAUGCAGAUGAUAUGGAUAUGUGGAUCGACGGGGGCAAUGGCGCCCCAGCACUUAAAGAUUUUUUGCCUCGGACUGAGCAAGGCCGAAUCAUUUUCACCACUUGCAAUAAAAAGCUAGCUGUGAAGCUGGCCCCCUGUCAGAUAUUGGUCUCCGAGGUGGAUGAGGAGACUGAAGGUUUGUCGGAAGAACGCGAUACAGCUGAGCCGGAGGUGGUGGAGCUUCUCAGAGAAGAGUUUGAGAUAGAAGGACGCUAUAAGGAUAUCCCAAACCCGCGGCAUGAUCCAUUAGCUGCUGAAUAUCUGUCAUUCAUGGCUUGUGUGAACCCACGAAACAUUCCACAGUCCAUUCUACCACCAGUAAAAUCCAAGAUCAAACUUAUAAAGGCUCUGGUGCUCCUUAGCGCCUAUUCUUUCAUAUCAGAUCCGGCGAAGGGAAACCCAUUGAAUCUUCAUCGGCUUGUACAUCUUGCGACUCGCAAUUGGAUGAGGCAGAAUCAACGGUUCGCCGAUUUUAUUGGCAAAACCGCAGAGAGAUUGAAUGAAGCUUUCCCAGAUAAUGACCAUAGCAAUCGGAAAGUGUGGCGGGCAUAUCUACCCCAUGCACUAUCUUUGUCGGAGGAAAAGGAGUUCAAAUACCAACAUGAUUGCUAUGUGGAUCUGAUUGAGAACAUGGGAGCUCCAGUAUUCUGUGACGCCAAGGAGAUACAGCAAAGAAGACAAGGGAAAACGCAUCCUUCCACUCUAACCAUCAUGGGGCGAUUCAAGCAAGCGGAAACCCUCGAAACACAGCAUCACGAUACUCUCACCACCAUGGCUGACCUAGCAAUGAUAAAUUAUGAGCAAGGGCACUACAAACAAGCCGAAACGCUCAUGGUGCAGGUAUUGGGAGCUAUGAAGAUAGUACUGGGUCCUGAGCACCGUGAUACUCUGGCUAGUAUGGCUUAUCUUGGUCACAUCUAUCAUAGUCAAGGAAGGUUAAACCAAGCAGAAGAGCUCUACGUGCAAGUCCUAGAGAGCCAGAAAAGAGUGAUGGGCCCCGAACAUCCCUUGACUGUGAGUUGUAUAGACAACCUCGCAUCGGUUUAUCAAAGUCAAGGGCGAUUAAGGCAAGCUGAAAAACUCUAUGUCCAGGUCAUAGAGGAAAAGGAGAAGAUACUGGGUGCUGAACAUCCCUCCACUUUGUCUAGUAUGAGCAACCUGUCCUCAUUGAAGAAAGCAGAAGAGUUGGAAAAACAGACAAUCGAGAUACGGAAGCAAACGCUGGGUCCAGAGCACCCUAGUAUCCGGCAGAAUGAUCUCCCUUCUCGAGUCAAGACUGUCAAGUCCACCCUCUCCUUCUCUCACUCACUCUGUAUUAUCAACCCGUAAUUAAAUAGACAGAAAAAGAUCAAGGUGAAAUGGCGCCCUCGACCAAAGUCGCAAAAGCGUCGCGCAUUACUAUCGCUUGCAACGCCUGUCGUUCCCGGAAGCAAAAGGUAGUACAGAAACCUCAUUCACGCCUUUCUACGACAUCCCAGAGUUAACGUAUCUUACAGUGUAGCGGCAAAAAGUGAGACACAAUUCUUAACCACAACUAACAUGGGAUUGCACUUUAGCUAACCAAUGGUUAAGACC